AUGCGCCCUUCCAACGAAUACAUACCCUAUCUUGACGAUGUCAAACACAAAACAACCCUACCAAAACUUGACACCUACGACUUCUCCGACGCCCCACGCUACAACCCUCUCUUCCACUGCCUGCACACAUCAUAUCUUGCCGCGCUACCCUCUGGUGGUUUUGCGCUCUCCUUCCUUGUCUGGCGCCAAAUGCUGAUGCACAGCAUGCACAAAGUCAUGCUUAGCCUGUCCUCUAACCUCCAUACCUGCCUUUUCCACGUACUCUCUCAACUGCGGCAUACUCCACCUCUGCAAGCUUCUGCAAAUUGCCUGCCGGACUUCUGCAUUCACGAGCUGUUUCUUCUUGGGAUCUGUGGACCAGCCCUUUUUGAGCCUCUUCAGGACCGGGUCCUGCACGUCGCCCGAGGUGGCGGCCGCCAGCGCAGUGCGCAGACACGCGGUCUUGCGGUCGCGGUCCAGCGAGCUCCAGCGGCGGCGUUUAGACGUCGGACCGGAGGAAUCUAA